CUGAUAGAUUUUACACCACCGAAGCCGAAAAAAUGCCGGCGGCGAAGAGGACUCCCAAGGUUAACCGUAACCCUGACCUAAUCAGGGGAGUUGGAAAAUAUUCGAGGUCUCAGAUGUACCACAAGAGAGGUUUGUGGGCUAUCAAGGCCAAGAACGGUGGCGUUUUCCCUCGUCACGAUGCUCAGCCAAAGGUCGACGCUCCGGUUGAGAAGCCUGCCAAGUUUUAUCCGGCGGAAGACGUCAAGAAGCCGCUUGUUAACAGACGCAAGCCUAAGCCUACCAAGCUAAAAGCCAGCAUCACUCCAGGAACUGUGUUGAUCAUUCUUGCUGGUAGAUUCAAGGGUAAGAGAGUUGUCUUCCUCAAGCAACUUUCUUCUGGUUUGCUUCUUGUAACAGGACCAUUCAAGAUUAAUGGUGUUCCAUUGAGACGUGUUAACCAAGCCUAUGUGAUUGGAACCUCCACAAAGAUUGACAUUUCUGGAGUCAACACUGAGAAAUUCGAUGACAAGUAUUUUGGAAAGGUUGCUGAGAAGAAGAAGAAGAAAACAGAAGGCGAAUUCUUCGAAGCUGAGAAAGAGGAGAAGAAGGAGAUCCCACAGGAGAAGAAGGAAGACCAGAAAACCGUUGAUGCUGCUCUGAUCAAAUCCAUUGAAGCUGUCCCAGAGCUCAAGGUUUACCUUGGAGCCAGGUUCUCAUUGAGUCAAGGAAUGAAACCACAUGAGCUUGUUUUCUAGAUUUCGUAUUGUUUCUCAAAUUUUAAGAAUAUCUGUUUCCCUGAGUAUUUUCAUCUUUAAUCGUCCUUGGAUCUUAAAGACUAUUUUCUCUGAUUUUAUAUAUCAAAUUUUCGAGCAAUCUAGCUUUAAGACCUGGUGUUAUGAAUUCGAUUUUCUAUAAAAAUGAAUAAAUGAAAAAGCAUAAGAAAUGAUCACGAAUUAAUUUUUAAUCCAAAGUAAUCAACAGCAGAUUUUGCCAUAAUUGAAGCAAACUCUCCAAAGCUUAUAACACCAUCACCAUUUGUAUCAGCUUCUUUGAUCAUCUCCGUUAAUUCUUUAUACGUUAAUGGUUGACCCAUCUUGGCCAUUGCUCCUGCAAGCUCAGCCGCACUUAUGAACCCGUUACCGUCUCUAUCGAACGAUUUGAAAAUCUCGAGUAAUUGCUCGGAAUUGAUUAGGACCUCUUCGUUAAGAUCAGGAAGAAUUGUACCAACGAGCUCAUCGAAUUCGACAAAACCGUUGCCGUUUGAGUCCAUGCUAGCUAACAAAACAUGGAUUUGAUCGCCGGAAGGUUUGAGACCGAGUGACCGGAGAAGUGCCGCGAGUUCUAAGAUUGUUAAGCUUCCGUCUGCGUCCAUGUCGAACCGGUCGAAAAUGUCUUUAAGUUGUCUUAUCUGAUCCUCCAUUUUUUCUUUCUUUCUUUAGCAACACAAAUAAAAAUCGAUUAAUCAAUGUUGGCGACGAGAGAGAUUGAUGAGACAAGAGGUUAUGAUUGUCAAUGAAGGGUGUGCCAGAAAGGAGAUUUAAGAUUGAAGUUUUGUUUCUUUUUG